AUUACAGCCUAAUAUUUAUUUUCCAGUCUCCUCCACGAGUCACGACGCAGUAAUGAUGUCUCUUUUAUAGUCUUUACUUCUUCCUCACUACAGGCACACACACACACAGAGAACAAAUCUCCGUUCUGUUUUCCUGUCUCUCUGCUUUUUAGUCUUCUGCGUUUGUUCUUUGUUCAUCUUUGUGUCGUCGCCAAAGCCAGUUUCCUUCACAUAGCUUUUCUUUCAAGAACCUGUGGUCCCGAACUCAGGUUUAGAGCAGGCAUUUGCUUUAUACAUACAAAGCUGUUUUGGUGAUAAACGAAACAGACUCUGAGAUGGCUUCUGGGAAUUUGAUUAAGGCUAUAAUUAGAUUGAAGAGGGGUAAACAAAGGAGCAUCAAGAACGAGAAGGGGUUUGUUAAACCUAAAGCGUCCAAGAAGAAGGGUACUCUUUCUUCAUCACUAGUUACUCGUACUGAGGAUUGGGCUGCAACUCGGAUUCAGACUGCUUUUAAAGCCUAUAAGGCUAGAAAAAGCUUACGGCGUCUAAAGGGAAUUGCAAGAGCAAAGUUAUCUACUGAGAAGCACUCUGUGAAGAACCAAGCGGUGGUCACAUUGAGGUAUCUUCACUCAUGGAGUAAAAUACAGUCAGAGAUAAAGGCUCGCCGAGUUUGCAUGGUUACCGAAUGGCGACUUAAGAAUAAGAGAUUAGAGCAUCAGCAAAAGCUUGAGGCAAAGCUUCAUGAUGUUGAAGUUGAGUGGAAUGGUGGGUCAGAGACAAAAGAUGAAAUCUUGGAGAGGAUACUUCAAAGGGAAGAAGCAACGAUCAAGCGGGAAAGGGCUUUAGCAUAUGCCUUCUCUCAUCAGUGGAAAGCCGAUGGUAAGACUCAGUGGCUGGGGAGUUAUGAACUGGGAACCACUAAUUGGGGUUGGAGCUGGAAAGAGCGUUGGAUAUCAGCUCGGCCUUGGGAAGUAAGAUAUACAGUGACUCCUAAGAAACCGAAGAGCUCAAAGACAUUUUGCAAAAGUGAGACUAACUCAAAUUCACCGGCAAAGAGAGUAAUGUCAUUAUCAUCAGUUCCAGCCAAAGCUUCAUCCUUGGGAGCUAAAAACACAGUGAAACCACGGAGAUUGUCAUUUCCCGGUGCGUGAAGCGAAGUUAACUUUGUCUGCGUCUAAAAAAGUAUACUCGUACACUUGAAGAUUGAGGGUAUAUUUAUUGGGUCUUAUGUUUUGUCUGUGGUGUGAUGUAAAUAUAUGUAUAUUUGUUAAUGUAGACUACAAUGGUGGUUCUUGUUUGUUUAA